AUGCUCGGCGCCCUGCACCUGAACAUGGCUGGAGUCGUCAAGAAGCUAGCUUCAACGCUGGCCGCCGGUGCGCCCUUGGCCAGCACGCCGCUGCGGCGGCGACGUCAGCCGCAUGGUCGUGAUGUCCACAGAGGUCGGGAGCUAAACAUCAGACCCCCAGUACUGAAGUUCUUGGAUGCCAACGCCCCUUCCUGGUGGCUAUCCGGCCAGCUAUGGCGGUCAGAGGAUCGCACCAUCAAGAGGAUUGUCCUCGUGGGGGAGAAGCCCUCGAUAGCCCGCGCAUGGGCCGGCUCCUCAGCCCAGGGUUGUCUUAGGGGUACUUAA